CAAUGAGCGCUCUUUCUCGCACGGCAUCACGUUGAUUGCCGAUUGGGCCCAAUCUUUUAGUAGGUCGACAGAAGUUUAAGAGAGAGAGAGAGAGAGUAGAGAAAGCCAGCUCUCUUGGAAAGCUUUGGAUGAUUCAAUCAAUCCCACUCCGAUUCAGAUUAGAAAGCUAAAAUAAUCUUCCGACAAAGGCAGAGAAUCGGGAGACGAAGCUUCUCUGGUUUCCGAUCUCUGUAGAGAUCCCCGGCGGCGGGUAUGGCGAUUCUCUACGCGCUCGUGGCGAGGGGAUCGGUGGUCCUAGCGGAGUUCAGCGCGACGGCGACCAACGCCAGCGCCAUAGCCAAACAGAUUCUCGGCAAGAUUCCUGGAAAUGACGACAGCCACGUCUCGUAUUCUCAAGAUCGCUACAUCUUCCACGUCAAGCGCACCGAUGGCCUCACUGUUCUCUGUAUGGCCGAAGAGAACGCCGGAAGGAAGAAUUCCAUUCGCGUUUCUCGAAGACAUUCAUCAGAGAUUUGUGAGAACUUAUGGCCGUAGUGUUCACUCAGCUCAAGCUUAUGGUAUGAAUGACGAAUUCUCCAGGGUUUUGAGCCAGCAAAUGGAGUACUACUCCAGCGAUCCCAAUGCAGAUAGGAUGAACAGACUGAAAGGUGAAAUGAAUCAGGUAGGUUGCGAAUUUCGAAAUUCUUUUCAUUUGUUCCCAACCAAUUCAAAGCUUCUAUUGCUUCAUCUAUGGCUGCUUAGUUCGAUUGUUUGGAUUGGCAUCUUCAGAUUUCCCGUCAGUUUGCAUCUCUGCUAGAGAAUUAGCCUGAUUGGUGAGUUGAUUUAUCCAAUGACUGAUUAGGAUGUGUGGAGGGUAGGUAGUAGGUGGAAACUUACUGCUUUACCAUUGUGCAAAAUGAAAUUACUGACAGACUGCUUGGUUGAGAAUGGCGACUUGAGCUUACAGACAGACUGCUUCCCACAUGAACUUCCUCUUCAUAACACGCGUGUAUAAUCUUCUUAAACAUUGUGCAAUAGGUGCGAAAUGUGAUGAUCGAGAACAUCGAUAAGGUGCUGGAGAGAGGCGAUCGCUUGGAGUUGCUGGUAGACAAAACAUCCAAUAUGCAAGGAAACACCUUCCGUUUCAGAAAGCAAGCUCGCCGGUUCAGAAGCACAACAUGGUGGAGAAAUGUGAAGCUGAUGAUUGCUCUGAUAAUCCUUCUCCUAGCGGUUAUAUACGGUGUACUGGCUUUCGUCUGCCAUGGACUUACAUUACCUACUUGCUUGUAGAGAGAGCAACUGUUGAUUGCGACAUUUCGAUUGGCUUUUUGUGUGCUUAUAGUGAAGUCAUUUUUUCUCAUCCCAGUUACGUGUUAAAAGUUAUAUUUCAGAACUCUUUGGCAUACUUAAGUUUGUUGUUAGAUUUCGGGUUCGCAGCAAUGUGAAGCACUCGAUUGCUUGCUCGCAUGGUCUCUCUUGCUUGCACUGGUUCUGGUUUUGUAUGCUUCGUUUACCUUGUAAUCAUCAAGGAGUGAACUUAAGUGGUUGUUAGCGAUGUAAAAAUCUGUGCUGCAUUUGGGGUUCGUGGUACUUUCUUUCCAGUCAAUGGGUGAACUUAAGUGGUUUUGGUUUGUAGAAAUCGUCAAUGAGCCUCUUUAGGCCUCUACUCUGCUAAUAGC